AUUUUCACUUCGCUAUUUCUAAGCAAGAUGGCGGCGGCCGAUUGAUGAAGGAAGUUGGACGUACUGACAUAAUUUGAUUCUCAAAUCUGCUUUAUGUUUGACACUGGAUGGAUUAUUUAGUGGACUGAGAUACAAAUAACAAUGUUAGGGAUGUAGGACGAUGGUUUCAUCUUUAGUUUACACGGCAGUUAGGUAGUUGUUAAUGUUUGUUCGGAGGUGUCGGGAAAAGCAAUGGGUGCACAGCAGGCCAAGGAGCCUCGGCCAAGUUCCAGCAAAAGCAAGGGAAAAACAAAAGAACCACGGGUGUCACAAGGAAAUAUAUUCACAGAGCAUUCAGGCGGGCCAGGGGGUGUCCAACGUAUCCCAGAAUCCUUGCGGUCAGCUGGAGCAGUUCAACAAUGGCUGGUCAGCCAAGGUGAAAACUUGGGAGGAGAUCGUCUGGAAGCGCUUCUGCAGAGUCGACCUUUGCCUGAUGCACCCCAUGACAUCCUUGGUGCAAAAUGGAUGUCCAAAGAAAACCUCUUGACCUGCCAGCAGGAUGAUGAUCCCAACCUUUUUGUCGCUCUCUAUGACUUCCAGUCAGGGGGUGACAAUCAACUCAGUAUUGUAAAAGGGGAACAGAUCACCAUGAUUGGCUACAACAAAGGGGGCGAAUGGUGUGAAGUGAAAAAUAGAGCCGGAGAAGUAGGGUGGGUGCCUGGCAACUACAUCGCCCCAGUGAACAGCCUGGAUAAGUACUCCUGGUAUCAUGGGCUUAUUUCACGGAAUGCCUCUGAGUACCUCCUCAGCAGUGGCAUAAAUGGCAGUUUUCUGGUACGCGAAAGCGAGAGCAGUCCAGGGCAGAGGUCGAUUUCUGUGCGCUUUGAGGGCAGGGUGUACCACUAUCGCAUCACUGAAGAUGAUGGGAAGGUGUUUGUAACACAAGAGCACAGGUUCAACACUCUGGCUGAGUUGGUGCAUCACCAUUCUAUACAUGCUGAUGGCCUGGUCACAACACUUCUCUAUCCAGCCCCCAAGAAACAGAAGCCCACUGUUUUUGGUGUUAGCCCAGAACCAGACCGCUGGGAAAUAGAGAGGACAGAGAUUGCCAUGAAGCACAGGCUAGGUGGUGGACAAUAUGGUGAUGUUUAUGAAGCAGUUUGGAAACGCUACAACAAGACGGUUGCUGUGAAAACACUGAAGGAAGAUACAAUGGCACUCAAAGACUUCUUGGAAGAAGCAGCUAUCAUGAAGGAGAUGAAACAUCCUAAUCUUGUCCAGUUGUUGGGUGUUUGCACCCGAGAACCACCAUUCUACAUCGUGACAGAGUUCAUGACACAUGGAAAUCUGCUGGACUACUUGAGGGGAAGCAACAGGGAGGAAAUAGGUCCAACUGUUCUCAUGUAUAUGGCCACACAAAUAGCCUCCGGUAUGGCCUACCUUGAAGUUCGCAACUUUAUACACAGAGAUUUGGCAGCACGUAAUUGUCUUGUUGCUGAGGCAAACCUUGUGAAGGUGGCGGACUUUGGUCUGGCCCGGCUGAUGAAGGAUGAUACAUACACUGCUCAUGCUGGUGCCAAGUUCCCCAUCAAAUGGACAGCACCAGAGGGUCUGGCAUUUAAUCGCUUUUCUACCAAAUCUGAUGUUUGGGCAUUUGGUGUCUUGUUAUGGGAACUUGCAACCUAUGGCAUGUCGCCAUACCCUGGCGUAGAUUUGACUGAGGUGUACCAUCUUCUAGAAAGAGGUUAUCGCAUGGAACGUCCUCAAGGCACACCAGCUGAUAUCUACAUUCUCAUGUUGAAAUGCUGGCAGUGGGACCCGAAGGAUCGCCCAACCUUCAAAGAAAUUCAUUAUGUUCUGGAAAACAUGUUUGACAAGUCAAGUAUAAGUGAAGAGGUGGAGAAGGAAUUGGAGAAGAAUGACAGAAAGGUGGCACCAACCUUACCUUCAAAGAAAAGCCGUAGCCAGCUUACCGACAGUCCUGAUUAUCCAACAGAGGUUCGAGCCAGUGCUGGACCCACUCCACCAUCAACCAGGAGGGUAUUGCCUCUACUUGAAGAGGACCUGAGCAAAGUGUCAGACAUUUUGACCAGAAAGGCAUCGCAAAAAAAGCGCCCCGGUCCAGUGCCUCCUCGGCGUACUACAUCGGUCAAAGAGCAGCAACUGGAGUAUGACCUUGACACUGAGCUUAAGUCCCGCAUGAAGCUGCAGAAAGCCAAAGUUGAGAAUAGCACUGUCACCGAGGAGCAAGAAAAUGGAGACCGAACCCCAACAGGGAAACUGGACUCCAAAUCCUUGAUGGAAGAUUCUAUUUCCAAGAGCAGUGCGGAGAACUUGAAAGCUGCGCUGAUUGACCGGUCAAAAUACUUGAUAUCAGAGGCCAAUGCUCGUGGAACACCAGAGAGAAGUAGCGGACGGAAGACUCUCCCAGACAGGAAACCAAGUGCAAGGGCAGAUGAGUUUGGUGAUGGCCUGAACACGAUCGGGGUUGGGCAGUACCCUAAAAAAGCUAUCCCUUUGCCACAGCGACCUGGCUUUGGGCCGUUCAAAAAGAUGUCUGAGCCAUCUCGGCCCACAGAACUGUUACACAGCACGUCCUUGGACGACACUGCUGAUCAGCAGCAGGUGCAGGUUGGCAAGCUGGAUGUUGCCAAUGUCUCUAAGGCCAUCCAUAGAUAUGGCACAAUCCCCAAAGGUGUACGCAUUGGUGCUUAUCUACAGUCUCUAGAGCAGAACAACCACAGCACUGACUUGACAACAGAUGAUCUAGAGCCUGGAGCUGAUGGUCCAGCCAUCAGCUCCUGUCUACCCGCAUCAGAACCAGUAGCAGAUGGCGCUAAUGUUUCUGGUGAACCUACAGCUGGAGAUGACAGUGAUCCAGGAAUCAAGCAGGAGCCAAACCUGCGGCCAUCGGCCUUUGUGAAAUCUCAGUCUCAGCAUGGGCUCUCCGACUCGGCUGCCACAUCUGCUGGCAACAUUGGCUUGAGUGGUGGAGGUCUUCCGGGAAACUUCAAGACUCAGUAUGCAGGCAUGCUCCAACGUCACAAGUCGGACUUGAGUUCUGGAGCAGAUUCAGAUUCCAACCGGUACGAGGCUCCCUGGGGCGAUGGCUUUCCCCUCAGACCUCCAAACGACGUACAGUCCAACAAACCUAAACCGAGCCCACGUUUUUCUCGCAUGUUUGGCGAGAACAAUGCAGAGUCUGCAUCCACUGGAUGCAAACCCACUAAUGAUCGUGACGCCAGCAAUCCUCAAGGGUCAGGUCUUGCUGAAGGAAAUCAGAAAUCACCACCAGCUGGAAGCAAUGCAAGCACAGGUGGUGGUGGUCUUGAUCGCAGCAAACUGGACUUCAGCAAUUCUCCCAACAGCCUUUCCUCUUUCAAGACUUUCGGAAAGCCAGGCAUCAUCAAAGAGACUAACCUUGACCUGGUCAACACAGACCCAACAGUGGCAGCAGGUGCAGAUUCUGUGCGAACAAACAUUGGCGUGGUGAAUGCCAACAACACCAACGCAGACCCAAACAUUUACAAGCCAGUUUUGCCUUUGAUGAAAGGGGGUAACACACCCGUGCCACCACCCUCCUCUGCACCCGAUCCCAUGACCUCUUCUAUCAUCACCGAUGAGAAAAUUUCUUCUUCUAUAGCUGAGAUUGCAGAUGGAAGUCCUGUCACCAUGGAAACCAUCCUGGAUGCUUCUGACAAGCUUCGAGGAUGCAUUGAUAAAUUAGCUGUGGCUGGCAACAAAUCUAGCACAAACUUUAUGUUACUUUCUGAAGAGGUUCAAGCCUUCCAUGCAUUAUGCUGUCGAUUUAUAGAUGCCUUGCCACCCCAUACCAAGUUUCAGACACGAGAGCUGUUGUCCAGGUUACUCACCCAUAGCCAAAGCCUCAAAACCUUCACCAGCACAUCCCCAUCAGCAGGGGGUUCUCUACUGAGCGACAUUCAGAAUACCAAUCGUGACAUCAUGAGUGUCAUCCAGAGAUGAGGGAAGCACACAGCAGGGUAGUGUUUUUAGGCAGUGCUGGGACAAAGUCAAGCAAGACGAUGGGCUUUAGCAAUUCAAGGCGCAAGCUUCAUACAAACAGCUUUUACCAGUAUUCCCUCCCGUCCCCAACUCCCCACACCCUUCACUUGGCUUCCUCCUACCAUUCCCUUUCCCCCCAAGCCAAACAUUGCUUUCUCAACACUUGCAGUAUGGUUCCAGCUUAAUGUCUGGGCAUCACACCGGUGCUCAUUGUGUCAUAACAAAGAGACUAAUAACUGUGACAACUUUCUUGCUUAUCUGCAAUGGUAGCACAAACAGGCACAAGACGAGCGUGUUGCAUGCAUGUACAUCAUGACACGUGCAUCAUGGCAUCCUGCAUGCACAGAUCUUCAGGGACACUCAAGGCAUGGCCGUGGAUUUUUUUGGGGGUCUCCUGGAGAGGGUUCUUGUAUUUCCUGCGACUUGUUUAUGUGAUCAUGGUAGCAAGAAGAGCUUUUUUUUUUCCAAUUAGGGUUGUGACUUGAGGCAAAUAGUAUGGAUUUUUUCCCCAGUAUCUCCCACCCCACUCCAUUUCUAUUUGUGAAGAUGGCACUGCAGGAAGUCUGUUUCAAGAAAAAGAAAAGAAAGUAAACUCUGUGAAGGAUGUGCCCCUUUUCUUUUGUGAUGUGCCACAAUCCACAGUGAAUUGUUUCAUUCAGUGGAAUUGUAGUGCGAAGGCACCGCUGAUUCUUUUUUUGGUAACAGGUUUUGGACGUUACAUCACCAUGUUUGCACGUGGCUUAAGCUUAUAUUACUUUUAAAAUAUAUAAAUAUAUUAAAAAAAAAUUCCUGUAGAUGACUGAAUGAAACAGUCACUUGCCUAUAUUCCAGAGGUGGUAACAGUCUCUUAUGCAGUGUGCUUACUCAGCUGAUAUAAAAGCCUGGUUACAUUUUUUAUGUGUGACCAGAGCAUGUGCUUGUGUGCAUGCUCACAGUGAGUUAACGUGCGACUUAAGUGAGGAUUUAUAUGCUUGAUUGUUCUACAGCCCUUAGUGCCACUGCUUUUUUUGUCUCAGUUCUCCAUCCUUUCUUGUGAUGUCCAGGGGGUGUGUGAUGAGACCUAUAACCUCAAAGCACAAACUUGGCAUUGGCUCAUGUUUGCAUGCUUUUGGACCAAAAACUGGAUACAUGAUUGCUGAAAAAAAAAAUACUGUAAAGUGGGAGGAAACUUGAGAAAAAUGUGCUAACUUUUUUUUAAGCAUACUGAAUAUUUUUAUGAGAAAUUGGUGUGGGGGAGGAGCAGCUAUGGUUUGGGAUAACAAAAACCAGUAGAUGAUGUAGGCAAUGUCAUCCUUGGUCAGCAUUUAAAAAAAUGUUUUCAUGCGAAUCCACUGUAAGUUGUAUUGUGUGAGUUAACGUGUGUGUAUAUGUGUGUGUAUGUGUGAGAGAGAGAAUGAGCAUGUUUGAAUGUGUGAGAGAGAGGGAGAGAGAAGCUGAGUAGGUCGUAGACCUGGGUGUUGGCCAGCAUUGUGUUUAUGUGUCUGCAUCUCUGUAUGUGUGGGUUGGUGGGGAUGGGGGAAGAUAAUUUCUCAAAGUAUUUUCAUGCCUUUUGUCAGGAGAGACCAAAGCUUUAUUAAUGAUCAGUCUUUUGCAAAAUGAAAUCCAUCGUAAAGCACAAUAGCUGCUGGCUCUUGUUUGUUUAUUUAAAGCUCUAAACUCAAGCUUGACCUUAUUUCUUAUUGAAGAUUCUAGGGCUACCUUGUCAUAGCCUGAAUUAUAAGAUCAGUCAGUUCCAAUUUCAUUUAGAUGGAAGGUUGAAUUUGUAAAUAAACCUGUUAUCUACCCAUGAAGAACCGGGCACUGGGGGUUCAUUCAGUACAUAGCACUUUUACAUGCUUAAUCACCAACCAUGACGGUGAUCUCUCUGGUGAUGGUUUAAUAUGACAUUGCAGGGCAAGGAAUGCAAGGUGAAUGCAAGGGUUCAAAAAGCUUGAAUAACAUUUUAUUUCUAAUUCAAGCUGGCUUGUGCUCACAUGCAGUGUUUUUAAUUGUAUGCUGAAGUUUUUUUGGCUUUGAAAUCUGCUGUGCAUCUGGCUUACAUGAUAAUGUGUUCUCAUGGACUUGUGCAUAGAUCUGACAGAGGUGCACAUUUGUUUGACAUGGUGCCCAGGAUGACUUGGUGGCAAAUUGCAAGUGGUGGUUGGCCUGUUUAUUGCCGGUCUCAUCAUCCUCCCAGUGAGUGUUCGGGCAUGGAAUUACUUCAGGUUUCUCUGGCAUUCACAUAGACUUCAAAUUAUUGAUUCUUCCGCUCACAUCGGCAGUACCUUCCCAUGAGCUUCACGUAUAGCUGGCAGACUGUUAGUGGGCCGUAUUGUCUGUGCCAGUAUGGCACUCACAAACUGGCCCAAACUAGUGUAUAAACAAGUGUCGGUUUUAUUUAGAAUUUGGCUUGAGUGACUUGAUUACAAUUUGCAGACUUAAGCUCCAAAAUGGCUGCAAUAUCAGCUGAUAUGUAACAAGUUGAGUGCCUCUAGUCUGAAUGAAUUUGAACAUGGCUGAAUGAAAUCUUUUCAGAAGAAACAUGUAUGCCUCACACAUUUGGGUCAUCAUUUCCACUCUAGAAUGUUUUUUUUUAAAUUACAUUUGCUGUUUCUGUUUGAUUUUAGACCAGCACAAGGAAAAGGCCCUUUUAAAAGGUCAUUUUGAGUAGGAUGGGAAAAGGUGUAUAUAGACUACAGAGCCAGAUGUGUUCAUGCUGGCUUGGUGCAUGCAAAACAAGUAUGUCACAUAAUCCAUGAUGCCUUCAAAAAACAUAUUUAUGUGCAAUGAAUGUUUAUGUCUGUGUGUUCAUUCGGUGGUACUCAACCUACCCUGUCUGCACAAGAAAUGGCUGCAGAUAAUGACCAGAGAGAAUAGUUUCUGAAUCUACUUUGCCUUUCAUGUGAUCUGGAAGUCAAUUUGAGCCCCGAUGUCGAUUCAUACACCUUUGUAAUUUUUUUUCCCCUAGCUUUUAUGCUGAUUCAGCAGGGGUUUAAAAAUUUGCGGGGUUGCACCCAUCACUCCACCACCUACAAGUUCAUGUCCCAUGUCUUCUGCUUGGUUUUUUUAAAAAAAGCCUGUACAACCAUGCAAGAUGUGAACAUGGAUUGUUCCAGUCAUUUCUAAGAGAAGGUGGUAGAAUUGUGUGACCUUCAGUAAGGUUUGCUACUACCACAGUUUUAAAUGUGUCAUUUGACCAGUGUUUAUUAUUUUUUUCCUUUAGUCAUACAGAUGCAUGUGUAAUGCUGGGACUAAGACUUUUUUGAAGUCUUUAAGUGAAAGUUUAAUCUUUAAAAGCAUGUCAUUUAUGCAGUUUACUCCACUUGGUAAAAGUGAACUAUUUUUGGUAUUGCCUUUUUGAUUCAGUGCUUAUUAAUAGUCAUCUAGGUGCUGCCAAUGGUCUCUCCCCUCACUUGCACACAAAUACACAUGCGUGUACAGCGCAUGCACACACACACACAUAUACACAGGGCUCCUGUCCCAUUCACUUGUUUAAAAACCAUUUUUGGCCAGCUGCAGUGUGAUUGUAAGAAUGUUUCAGGCAUCUUUAAAAUCUUCAGGUAAUAGGUAGAAGAGGGUGUUUUAAUUGAAGUGAAAUAGAAAAAGAAGUGUGGCCAUGCCUGUUGCGUGCAGGAUAGUGUGACAGAUUUUUUGUGUAAUUCUGAGCAGGCUGGAUGAAAGAAAAGAUUUCUGUGUGUGUGUGCGUGUGCGCUCGCCUGCACAUAUGCUUCAGGAAUAUGGCAUCUUGUCGGCAUGUCUUUCUAAUGCUAGGCCUUGCUGAAUCUUCUGCACUGGGAUCUGUCUGUUCAGGGAUCUCUCUGUGUUGGCUUGUCGCCAUAUUUUUAGGUUUGCACCACUUCUGCAUGUAGCUUCCAUUAGAAUUUUCAAGAGAUAAAAGUGAUGGCAUGUGGAUUUUACUUGUUGCUAAAUAUUUUAUGAAAAAUAUCCAGUAUUCCUUGAGAAUUGUUUUGUAUUUUUAAUUGUGUAGGUUUUUUUUGUUUGAUUGGCUUUUAAAAAAAAAACACUGGUUGGGAACUUGCUCAUUAACAGUAUAAAUUGUGUGUGAGGAUGAGAGUGACUGUCAUUAACACUGUACAUUUGCUGAAAUGCUCAGUUAUCCAUCACACUGAGUUGCACUCCAAUAAGUAAAAUCUGUUGUGUGAUUUGGCCUGAGAAUGAACGUCAUUGAAACUUUUUUUAUCAUUUAUGCUUCCCUGUUCACAUUCGUGUUCCUAACAUUUGUCUGUGGUUUACCUGUGGCAUUUUCAUUAAAUGUUUCCGAAAAAAAAGCUUUAAUAAUAGAAAAAAAUUAUAUAUAAAUCGCACACAAACGGCAUUUUCAGUCUUGGUUUUUUUUAAAUCCGUAAAGGUCUUUUAUUUGUAUAGCUGAUGCUCAAAGUGACUGAAAGAAUAAAAAUACUCAGUGGCAAGA